CGGGAUGCUGACUGGCUUUUGCUUCUCUUACCAGCACUGUGGGACUGGGGUAGAAGAAUCCACCGGGACCACUCCUCCGGCUGCCUCUCCGGAAUGAGGCUUCAGCGCCCGCGCGGGACAGCCCCCUUACUCAUCCGAGAGAGCCCAAGGAGAGGCCGAAGCCGAGAAAGAUGCCUGGGAAGCUGAAGGUGAAAAUCGUGGCCGGGCGCCAUUUGCCAGUGAUGGACCGAGCUAGUGACCUGACUGAUGCCUUCGUGGAGGUAAAAUUUGGUAAUACCACCUUUAAAACAGAUGUGUAUCUCAAGUCCCUCAACCCUCAGUGGAACUCAGAAUGGUUUAAAUUUGAGGUGGACGAUGAAGAUUUACAAGAUGAACCUCUACAGAUCACAGUUCUUGACCAUGACACAUACAGUGCAAAUGAUGCCAUUGGUAAAGUGUACAUUGAUAUUGACCCUUUACUCUACAGUGAAGCUGCAACAGUCAUCUCAGGGUGGUUUCCAAUUUAUGAUACCAUACAUGGUAUCCGUGGGGAAAUCAAUGUAGUUGUAAAAGUAGACCUCUUCAAUGAUUUAAAUCGAUUUAGGCAGUCAUCAUGUGGAGUCAAAUUCUUUUGCACAACAUCUAUUCCAAAGUGCUAUAGAGCUGUAAUAAUUCAUGGGUUUGUAGAAGAGCUUGUAGUCAAUGAAGACCCAGAAUAUCAAUGGAUUGAUCGAAUUCGUACACCAAGGGCAUCAAAUGAGGCCAGACAGAGACUCAUUUCUUUAAUGUCAGGUGAACUGCAGAGGAAGAUUGGCUUGAAAGUACUUGAAAUGAGAGGAAAUGCAGUUGUUGGGUACUUACAAUGUUUUGAUCUGGAAGGCGAAUCUGGGUUAGUGGUACGCGCCAUAGGAACAGCAUGUACACUGGAUAAACUAAGUAGCCCGGCAGCAUUCCUUCCUGCAUGUAAUUCCCCAUCCAAAGAAAUGAAGGAGAUUCCCUUCAAUGAAGAUCCCAAUCCCAAUACUCACUCAUCAGGACCCUCAACCCCUCUGAAAAACCAAACUUAUUCCUUUUCACCUUCCAAGUCCUACAGUCGACAGUCCUCUUCUUCUGACACAGAUUUGAGUUUGACACCCAAAACUGCACCUUACCCACAGGGGCCUAGGAUUUACCUGUGUCCCAGCUCCCCCUCUCUCUCUUGUGGUUCCCUUCAUCUUAAAAAGUCCUGUCUCCUCCUCUCGGAGUCUAGCCUUCCCCCUCAUCACUCUAGCCUUGUCAGCCCAGUUCUGAGGAAAAGUGUUUCUUUCAGUGAAGAGCUGUUCCUGGCUGCUUCUGGAAUGGGAAGUGGUAGUGCUGGAAAAGAAGGGGGGCCGUUUAAAGCUCUUUUAAGACAACAGACUCAGUCAGCACUGGAACAAAGGGAAUUUCCAUUUUUUACCUUGACGGCAUUCCCUCCUGGAUUUCUCGUGCAUGUUGGGGGUGUUGUUAGUGCACGUUCUGUGAAGCUUUUGGACCGCAUCCACAAUCCUGAUGAACCAGAAACUCGAGAUGCGUGGUGGGCAGAAAUCAGACAAGAAAUAAAAUCACAUGCUAAAGCAUUAGGCUGUCAUGCUGUAGUGGGCUACAGUGAAUCAACUAGCAUCUGUGAAGAGGUCUGUAUUUUAUCUGCAUCCGGCACGGCAGCUGUACUGAACCCUAGAUUUCUGCAGGAUGGCACCGUGGAGGGCUGUUUGGAACAGAGGCUAGAAGAAAAUUUGCCUGUAGGUUGUGGAUUUUGCCACAUACCAUAUGACGAACUGAAUAUGCCAUUUCCAGCUCAUCUCACAUACUGCUAUAACUGCAGGAAACAGAAAGUUCCUGAUGUUCUCUUUACAACUAUUGACCUCCCAACAGAUGCAACAGUUAUUGGAAAAGGUUGUCUUAUUCAAGCAAGGUUAUGUCGUUUAAAAAAGAAAGCACAGGCAGAAGCAAAUGCCACAGCUAUCAGUAAUCUGUUGCCAUUUAUGGAAUAUGAAGUACAUACUCAGCUAAUGAAUAAACUAAAACUGAAAGGAAUGAAUGCUUUAUUUGGACUGAGAAUUCAGAUCACAGUGGGUGAAAAUAUGUUGAUGGGCUUAGCGUCGGCCACAGGUGUGUAUUUAGCUGCUUUACCAACGCCCGGUGGUAUUCAGAUUGCUGGGAAGACUCCUAAUGAUGGCUCCUACGAACAGCACAUAUCUCAUAUGCAAAAGAAGAUAAAUGACACAAUUGCUAAGAAUAAAGAAUUAUAUGAAAUUAAUCCUCCGGAGAUAUCCGAAGAGAUUAUAGGGUCACCCAUCCCGGAACCUAGACAGCGCUCAAGACUUUUAAGAUCUCAGUCAGAAAGCUCUGAUGAAGUUACAGAAUUGGACCUUUCACAUGGGAAAAAAGAUGCUUUUGUUUUGGAGAUUGAUGACACAGAUGCUAUGGAAGAUGUACAUUCUCUGCUUACUGAUGUUCCUCCCCCUUCAGGCUUUUAUAGUUGUAAUACAGAAAUUAUGCCUGGUAUAAACAAUUGGACAUCAGAAAUACAGAUGUUCACAUCAGUAAGAGUAAUCCGAUUAAGCAGCCUUAACCUGACUAAUCAAGCCCUUAAUAAGAACUUUAAUGAUCUCUGUGAAAAUUUGCUCAAGAGCCUGUAUUUUAAACUACGGUCUAUGAUCCCCUGCUGCCUUUGCCAUGUAAAUUUUACAGUAUCUCUGCCUGAAGAUGAAUUAAUACAGGUUACAGUCACAGCAGUUGCAAUAACUUUUGACAAAAAUCAGGCUUUACAGACCACAAAAACACAUGUUGAAAAGUCAUUGCAAAGAGCCUCUACAGAUAAUGAAGAACUUCUGCAGUUUCCACUGGAGCUCUGUUCAGAUUCGCUUCCUUCUCAUCCUUUUCCACCAGCUAAAGAACACCUGGAGAGUGCAAGUUCUAACUCAGGUAUACCAGCUGCACAGAGAGCAACGUCAGUUGAUUACAGUUCCUUUGCAGACAGAUGCAGCAGCUGGAUAGAGCUCAUUAAACUGAAAGCUCAGACCAUAAGGCGCGGAUCAAUUAAGACAACUGUCACCGUUGAAAAAGCAAGUCCGAUGGGUGAAGGAAAUUUCCGGAACCGUUCUGCUCCACCUUGUGCAAAUUCUACAGUUGGAGUUGUUAAGAUGACACCUCUUUCCUUCAUUCCUGGAGCAAAAAUAACCAAAUAUCUUGGGAUAAUUAACAUGUUUUUUAUCCGGGAAACCACUUCUCUUCGUGAGGAAGGAGGAGUCAGUGGUUUUCUCCAUGCUUUCAUUGCUGAAGUGUUUGCAAUGGUGAGAGCUCAUGUCGCUGCAUUAGGAGGCAAUGCUGUUGUCUCCUACAUAAUGAAGCAGUGUGUCUUCAUGGAGAACCCAAAUAAAAACCAGGCACAGUGUCUUAUAAAUGUAAGUGGUGAUGCAGUGGUUUUUGUUCGUGAAUCCGAGUUAGAAGUGGUAUCAACCCAGCAGCCUACUGCCAACUGCCAGCCAUCAUGUACUGGAGGAGAAGUUACCACCUGAAGUAAAUUAGAAAGAGUUCAACUAAAUGAAAUUCAUCUGUCUCCAUUGUUUUGUCUUUAAUUAUCUUACUGGACUUUUAAAAGUGAACUUAAUUUCAGAUCAUUAAGAGAGAAUUGGUACAUUUUGAGUAGAUUUGAUUUGUCUCUAAUCUCUUGGAGGCAUGAGAAUUUUUAAACCAUGGUGUUUUGUUUGCCAAGCCAUGCCCCAUGAAAUCUUGACCCUUCACUAAGUUCAGAUAGAUUUCUCAGAGAACUGUAGCAGAGAUGGAAGCUGUCUGUAAUUUAUGUUGACUUUAAUAAAAUCAUACUUUGAAACACAAAAUGGUGAGAUUAUCAAGAAAUUAUAAUAACUACCCUGGUGUAAUUGAGAGAAACUAAGCAAGAAAUUUAUAAAUUGUUAAUGAAUAAAUAAUCUGAUUUGAGGAAUGUGUGGGAAAAUGGAGAAAAGUUUUGAGAAAUCUAUGUGUGUUUCUUAAUGCGUUUUAUUUUGAUAACUGAGUUUGGAAUUUGGUAACAACUGAAGGGGAAGAGUGCUUCAGCCAUCUUUUAAAAAGUUAAAAUUACUGUAACUUGGAUCCAUAUUGUGUCCUAACUGCUGUAAAAGAAAAUGUAAUUUAUUAGAACGAGUGUCCUUCCAUUGAAAGUUUUAAUAAUGUUUGUAAGGAGGGAGGAAGAAAUUAACUACAUAACUUUACAACUGGCCAAAUUUUGUUAGUGUUUUUGUUAGUGUUUAAUUUGUCUAGAAGAGGCUUGGCUUCCACUGGGAAGAAAAAGGUCAGUGAGUUUUGUUGAAAUAGUUAAAAUAUAAUUGACCUAGUAGGAGUAUAAAAUUAUUUUUAAUAGAAUCAUACUGCACUCCUACCAAAUAAACAGAAUUAUAUCUUAGGCAUUUUUGAUGGUGAGAUUGUAUUUGGCAUAGAAUUUGGAGAUGUAACUUGAAUGUAAAUAUGCUGCAGAGUGUUGAAUGUAUACGUAGAAACACCUUUUCUGUCAAUGCCAAAUACCUAGUGCAAAUGAACCUUAAAAAGUACAUUCCUCCUUUGCACAAUAAAAUUUCUGUAUAAAACUCAUGAUUUCGCUCUUUCAGGAUAACAAACUACCCUAAAAAUUAGGAAUCAAUUCCUUGUUAUCACAGGUGUCAAUAUUUUUCUGUAUUUUGUUUAUAAUUUUAUUUUUUAAAUAAAAAGUUUAUAAACUGGAA